AUGGGACAUUUCGACCCAGAGCACGAACUGAAGAAACCCUGGAUUGAAACCCCUUUGAUAGAGUCGGCGACACUUUCAAAGGCUGCUGGAUGUCGAAUCUUCCUCAAAAUAGAGUCGCUCCAACCUUCUGGCUCAUUUAAAUCACGGGGCAUUGGAAACCUGAUCCUCAAAUCUCUUUCCCAUCCGUUGAACGCUGGCAGAGCCCUACAUUUUUUCAGCUCGUCGGCAGGCAAUGCGGGAAUGGCAGCAGUUAUCGCCGCCCGGGAUCUCGACUGUCCCUGUACGGUGAUUGUGCCCCUUAGUGCAAAGCCUAUGAUGAUCCAAAAAAUACUCGCUGCAGGGGCUUCGGAUGUUAUCCGCCAUGGAGCUAGUUGGUUUGAAGCCGACGCGUAUCUGCGGGAAAAGUAUAUCGAAAACCAAGACAGCAACUCAGAUUCUCCCACCAGGAACAUUUAUGUCCCGCCAUUCAACCACCAAGACAUCUGGCAAGGCGCGGGGACUAUGGUUGAUGAGAUAGUCAAGCAAUUACCUCCAAGGCACUACGGCAAAACCGAUACUUCUGAUUCGUUCCCGGCAGAUGUAAUUGUUUGCAGCGUUGGUGGUGGCGGGCUUUUUAACGGAAUUGUCGAGGGCGUUGAGAGGCAUUUACCAGGCCAUAAACCGGCAACAUUUCCCAACGAAGAGGCUCAGAAAGUUCGGAUUCUCGCUGUUGAAACAGCCGGGGCGGAUGCGCUGGCGCAUUCACUACGCAACGGUUCUCUGCACACCCUACCUGCAAUUACGUCACAGGCAAUUACCCUGGGGGCCCUCCGCGUGGCACCACAGACGCUGAAAAACGCGCAAUUUCCUCCGCCUGGUAUCGAAGUCACCAGUAUUGUGGGUACCGACGCUGAUGCGGCGAGGGGAGUUGUGCGUUUGUGCGAUGAGUUGCGUUUAGAGGUCGAGCUAGCUUGCGGGAUAAGUGUUCAAGUUGGCUUAGAUAGGCUAAAGGAAGUCAUAACAGACUUAACACCGGAAACUCGAGUCGUCAUCGUUGUUUGCGGAGGAAACGACGUUACUCCUGAGAUGAUUACAGACUACCGCCAGAAGCUUGAGAAUGGUUGGCGAUGA